AUGCCCUCGCCUCUGCGGGCACCAGUGAGCAGCGUGGCACUGCCAGAGGCCCGACCAAGCUGCUCCCUGCCCUGCUCCACGCCUUCAGGGGCUCCCCGAUUCCCAGAAAAGGCUCGGCAGACCUUUACGAGUCUCCCCUGCCAGCCUCCCUCAUCUCCCUCCCAUUUCAUUCAGAGCACGAUGUUCACCAACCCCAGCGUGGGACACUCCUCCCUGCAAGGCCCCCCCUCCCCUGCUACCUUCGCUCCUCAGGAUCCUGACCUUUGGGACCCCUCCCUCGUCCAGUGCCCACACCAAGCUCCCCUGCCCUCCCCGGCCUCAGAUGCUGCCUGUUCCCCAGAAGUUACUCUUCACCCCUCGAUUGUCCCCUUCACACCCACAGGACCAUCGAUUAGAGCUGGAAGGGGCUUUAGAGGCCUAUUAGGAGGCAGUGGGCCCACAGGCAGGUACCUGCUUGGGCCUGGAACCUGGGACCUGGGGGCUUUCCAUCCAGUUGGAUUGCUACUGGGAGCCCUUCUGGCCCUCAAACACCAACUGUCUGCACCCCGGGUCCAUCUUCCCCACCCUGAGGAGGAGAGAGAAGGAGGUGACCUGCCCUCUAGGACCAAAAUGGUGUUAAAUCUCCUAUUUUUAGUGUCUCCUGAGACUCACUUUGCCCAUGUGUCAAAUGGUGAUGGCAAUGGGCGGUUCCCAACAUCCUCCAAAGAACUACAACCCCCAGAAUGCACCCUGCCCGUCUGUGGUCCGAUAAAAAGUCCUCCACCGGGUGCUCCUGGGAAAUGGGGUCCAGCGCACCUGGGCCGAAGCCUCCCUGUGCGAGACCCUCCCAAAGCUCUGUCCGCCUCCCACUCCUGUGCCACCCCCCAUGUGGUGACCUACCAGCUUGCUGCGUUCCCGGAGGCCCCUGAAACCCAGCGUGCCCGAGCCCCCCUCCCUGCCAAACUCCCCGCCGCUGCCAAGGGCAGCUCCUCCCUUCUGGUCAUUCGGGGUCGCCCGGGCUGCUCCCCCCACACAGGGGAGCGCAGAAUCCCCUUGGGAGGGAACCCUCAGGUACAGCCCCCAAUUUUAAAGCGGCCGCCCGGGAGCAGCCCGAGCCGGGUGGGCCUCGCGCCCAGCUCGGGCUGGCGCUUCCCGCGCGGUGGCGCCGCGGCAGGGCCUGAGCGCCCCGGAGGCCCGGUUUCCUCGCGACGGGCUGCGCUGGGAGACCGGACCUUUCCACGGCACCGUCGCUUUGCCACCCUCCGACGCGCAAGCGCAGCGCGCCUCCGGGAGGGCGUCCUGGCCUUUGUCCGCGGGGCUGCGGGAGGUGACGCCGGACCCGGCGCGCGCGUGGGCGAGGGGGCGGGGGCAGGGGCAGAUGAGGCUCCUUCGAGCGCGGCUGCCGAGCCGCGCAGGCGGGGGUCCCCCUUUUACAGCAAGAAGGAAGUGAGGGCUGGCUGGGACCCCCUGCCCAGGAGCCGGAGCAUGGACCGCUUCUUCCUGAUGCUCGAGGGGAGAGGCCUGCCUUCCAGAGAGUUUGCCCUUUCCCAAGCAUGGAGGACGCGGGAGGAGGAGGAGGAAGGAAUGGCUGCCAGGCUCCUGACGGCCAUGGCCCAGCGGCCGGUGACGUUCCAGGACGUGGCCGUGCACUUCACCUGGGAGGAGUGGAGCCGCCUGGACUCGGCGCAGAGGGCCCUGUACCGGGAGGUGAUGCUGGAGACCUUUGAGAAUAUCGUCUCCCUGGGCCUUCCUGUUUCUAAGCCUCAGGUCAUCUGCUUGCUGGAGAGAGGAGAAACCCCAUGUCUGCCCGAGACAGAAGGGCCAUAUCCAGAUUCCCUCAAUUCAGGGACCAAGUAUGAAGCAAACGACUGGAUACUAAAGCAUGACCUUUUUAUGGGAGCAUCAUUCAAGGAAAAACCAGUACCCCAAAAUGGACCCUGGCGUUCCGAGGUGGUAGAAACUUGGGACUUGGAUCCGAUGAGAGAAGGCCAUAAAGGCAACCGGGACAUACAAUCCAGACCAAUCUCAGUUUCCUCCAGAAAAUCUCUUAAUAAAGUGAACAUCCCUGAAUGCAAUACAGUGGACAGGAGUUUUAGUCUAGAGUCUAUCUAUGUUCCGCAACAGAGAGUUUCUACAGAGAAAAGUCUUCAUAAAUAUGACACUCUUGUUAAGAGCUUCAAGCAGUUUUCAGACUUAAUUGAUUGUAAUAGACUCUCCUUGGGAAAGAAGCUUUGUAAGUAUAAUAAAUCUAGGAAUCCUUUUAGUUACCAUUCAGACCUUAUUCAGUUCCAUAGAAUAUAUAAUGAUGAAAAGAUAUAUGAAUGUAAUGAAUGUGGCAAGACCUUUGGGAAAAAAGCCUAUCUCACUCAACAUCAGAGGAUUCAUACUGGGGAAAAGCCCCAUAAAUGUAACGUAUGUGGGAAAGCCUUCAGUCACAGGGAAAAUCUGACUCAUCAUAAGAGAAUUCAUACAGGAAAGAAACCUUAUCAGUGUAAUGAAUGUGGCAAAGCCUUUAGUCAAUGGGGAACUCUAACUGCACAUCAGAGAAUUCAUACUGGAGAGAAACCCUAUAUAUGUAAUGAAUGUGGAAAAGCCUUCUGCCAAAGAGGAACCCUUAAUGUACAUAAAAGAAUCCACACUGGAGAGAAACACUUUGAAUGCAAAGAGUGUGGGAAAGCCUUCAGCAACAAUUCAUGCCUUAAUCUACAUCAGAGAAUUCAUACUGGAGAGAAACCCUAUAAAUGUAACGAAUGUGGAAAGGACUUCAGACACAGAGCAUCUUUUAUUUAUCAUAAGAGAAUUCAUACUGGGGAGAAACCCUUUGAAUGUAACGAAUGCGGGAGAGCUUUCAGCAAGAAAGGGAAUUUUAUUGAACAUCAGAGAAUUCAUACUGGAGAGAAGCCCUUUAUAUGCAGCGAAUGUGGGAAAGGCUUCAUCAACAAUACGCGCCUUAAUCUGCAUCAGAGAUUUCACACUGGAGAGAGACCCCAUAAAUGUAACGAAUGUGGCAAAGCGUUCAGGCACAGAGGAAGCCUUAGUGCGCAUCGUAGAAUUCAUACGGGAGAGAGACCUCACAAGUGCACUGAAUGUUUGAAAGCCUUUGGCCAGAGGGGACAGCUUAUCAAACACCAGAGAGUUCACGCAAGGGCAAAAGCCCAUGGGUUUGAUGAGUUCGGAAGACCCUUCAGUCAGUGGGGCAGCCUUGCGGAACAAAAGAGAAUCCCUGUCAAGAAACCCUUUGUGUGCAAUGAAUGUGGGAAAGCCUUCAGCCAGAACUCCAACCUCGUUCUACAUCAGAGAAUUCACACUGGAGAGAAGCCCUUUGUGUGUGAAGAAUGUGGGAAAGCCUUCAACCAGAAGGGAAACCUUAACGAACACAAGAGAAUUCACACUGGGGAGAAGCCCUUUAUCUGUAACGAAUGUGGGAGGGCCUUCAGCCGCAGAGGACACCUUACGGAGCAUAAGAUAAUCCACACUGGAGAGAAACCCUUUGAGUGUAACGAGUGUAGGAGAGCCUUCAGACGGAAGAGACAUCUGACUGAACACGUGAAAAUCCACUCUCGAAAGUAACCUUGGGAUAUGACGACUAUGGGAAAGCCAUUAGCCAGAAGAAACUAUCAUGGCUAGCAAAGAAUUCGUUUGGGGGAGAAAUCUUUGUCAUUGAUGUGGAAAAGGCUUCAGGACCCUUGUGAAGUGUUGGAGAACUGAAGAACACGAUGGAAUAACCCUGGAAGAUUGAGGGGACCUCGUUCAUCUCUCAAGAUAUCAGAACUUAACCCUUGGCUACUGGCAGGCAGAAAGGGCUUUUAAUGAUGAUCUGAUCCAAUAUCCUCAUUUUCAGAUUCAGGAAAUGGCAGCAAAGGCGAAGUUCCCCUGGACCCAAAGGACCUGGGCUCUGAUCUGCACCUGCUUGCUCCCUCUGGGACUUUGGAUGAGGCUCACGGCCUCCGUUUUCUCUUCUGUAAAACUAUCAUCAACCUUUCUGACCUCUGCUGUGAUACUGUGGCCCGGACCCGGAUUCUCUGAUUCCAGAUUGAGGUUGCACCAUCUCUGAUGCUUUGGGGUCACGCCAUUUUUGUGGGGAAGCUUUUCUAACAACUCGGUAUGGGUUAAAUGCUCGAGAGUGAGGCUGCAGUUGGUCACCAGCCCUCUCCUGACUUGGUGCUUUGAGAGGCAGAAACACCCCAGGCCUCUGUCCCUGUCCCUCUCUAUUCCAGACCGUGUUGGCUGCCUUCACAUGGCCUUCAUCAGGGCAGCCAGAGGGGUCCGUCUGAAAUGGACUGGAAAGCUAAAGAAAUAGAUAUAUUUUCAAUCAAAACCACCAAAAUGUUAUUUAUUUAGUUAUUUGUACAGGAUGUUCUUUGUUUUCCUUUUUAUGCUAAAGUUAUUAGCCAUCCACAACCAAAAAAAUCAAAAUAAAUAAGUGUAAAAGAU